CUUUGAAGACCUCGCCGAGAUCUCCGAACAGAUGCUCAACGACGCUUCAUUGUUUAGUGACGAAACGGACGAGAAAGAGAAACAAAACCUUGAACCAGGGAGUAGAUAUCCAAAGAGGACAAGAUCAAUGACAGCAAGUUAUCGAGAAGCUGAAGUACCAGAUGACGAUCAUUACUUAUACUGCGAAGAGUGCCAAGACCUCUACUCCGGUGAUUGCCCCAACCACGGUCCUUUAAAAGCUAUUCCAGAUAAUAAGCUUAAGGAAAAUGUUGAUAGCGCACUAACAGCCGCAAGAGCAUCUUUGCCAGAUUUUCUGGAGAUAAAGCCGUCGACAAUACCCGACGCAGGCCUAGGGGUGUUCCUUAAAUCUGGCUUUAUUCCAAACAGGUCAAGAUUUGGUCCAUAUCGAGGAACAAAAGUAAAACUAGAAGACAUGGCUGAUGAAACGGACACGAGUUAUGUGUGGGAGAUCAUGAAAGAUGGGAAAUUCAGUCACUUUGUGGACGGCGCUGACGAAGCAAACGCCAACUGGAUGAGAUUUGUAAAUUGCUCCCGAUGUGAAACAGAGCAAAACCUAGUCUCUUAUCAAUAUAAAGGCGAUAUAUUCUACCGCAGUUACAAACAGAUAACAGAGGGAACAGAACUCCUGGUGUGGUAUGGGGAUAAGUACGCACAGGAACUUGGGAUUCCUUUAGAAAAUCAAGACGACCAAGACGACCAAGGCGAAUCUCUUCAAUGUAAAAUAUGCAGAAAGAAGUUUCCUUAUGCAAAUAUGUUGGAGCGACACACUAAUAAUGGGUGUUCACGUGUGGAUCAAAACAAGGAAAUAAAGUGUGUCUUGUGUGAUACUAACUGCCAAACAGCUGAAGAAUAUGAUAGUCAUUUGUUUGCUGUUCACUGUGAUCACAGUACCCACUUUGUUUGCCCUGUAUGCAAAAAAACAUGGAAAAAGAAACAAGCUUUUUUACGGCACUUACGAACCCACUCAGGAUAUAAACCAUACAAGUGUACAUACUGUGAUAAGGCAUUUAUACAACAAGGUCAUCUAAAGGAUCAUGAGCGAAUCCAUACAGGUGUCAAACCAUACAAGUGUACACACUGUGAUAAGGCAUUUAAAACCCAAGCUCAUCUAAAGUAUCAUGAACGAAUCCAUAGAGGUGUCAAACCAUACAAGUGUACACACUGUAACAAGGCAUUUAUACAACAAGGUGAUCUAAAGAAACAUGAACGACUCCAUACAGGUGUCAAACCAUAUAAGUGUACAUACUGUAAUAAGGCAUUUACACGACAAGGUCAUCUAAAGCAACAUAUUUUAAGGUAUCAUGAAAAGUGA